GGGCCUGUGGAAAUACAGCUGGGAAAGGAAACAAGUCAGCCGGAGUCACUCGUCGGUACGGGGAGUUAGUAGAGAGGGAACGCGGAAUAAGCGGUCGCUCUGACAGCUGACGUAAUGUAAUGUAAUGUAAUGUAAUGUAAUGGUGGCCGGUUGGCGUUGAGCUCAGAUGGCGGUGUGUGCCAGGCUAUGUGGGGUGGGCCAGUCGCGGCGGUGCAGGCGGAGACAGAGACACGGCCAGCGCGAGCAGGAGAGCGACUCUGAGGUGGACAUGGGCGAAGAAGAGGAGGAGGAGAAGAUCGUGGUUAAAAGCAAAGCGCGUGCACUCAGCGCUUGUCCUAAAGGCCGUGGCUCCGUGUGCGACGAGGCCUCGGCCAAUCGCAGUGUCGCGGGCUUGGAGAAUGAAGAGGACACGGCCUGGACUGCAGCAGCGCCUCCUCAACCCCGAUCUCUCCUAGAUUUACCGCCCGAGCUUCUGGUAGAGAUCUUCUCCUCUCUGCCCGGCACGGCGCUGCCCAACCUGGCCCUGGUGUGCAAGAAAUUCCGGCAGAUCCUCAGCACUGAGACUAUAUGGAGAAGACGCUGUGUAGAGGAGUUUGGCAUGAAGGAUGACCUGCGGAAGAUGGAGGUAGCGGGGAUGUCCAGCCGGGAGCUUUAUGUCAAACGUGUGAACCCUAGGGUGAAGUCGGGGCGUUUUAUGAAGCUCCUGCCCGAUUAUGAGCACAUGGACUACCGGGACGUGUACACACACUUGCUCCAUCCAUACAGAUAUAUUUUGGGUCUCUGGCAGCCAGACAUAGGCCCCUAUGGAGGUCUGCUAAAUGUAGUGGUGGAUGGAUUGUUUAUCAUUGGCUGGAUGUAUCUGCCGCCCCAUGAUCCACGAGUGGAGGAUCCCAUGCGUCGACGUCCUCUUUUCCGAAUCCACAUGUGGGAGCGUAACAAAGCCACUGUGGAGUGCAUGUACGGCCACAAGGGGCCUCACAAAGGCGACAUUCAGACAGUAAAAAAUGAUGAGUUCUCUACCAAAUGCAACCAAACAGAUCACCAUCGAAUGCCAGGGGGAAGACAAGAGGAGUUCCGUACAUGGCUGGAGGAGGAAUGGGGACGGACACUAGAGGAUAUUUUUCAUGAACACAUGCAGGAGUUGAUUCUCAUGAAGUUUAUCUACACCAGCCAAUAUGAUAAUUGCCUGACGUAUCGGCGGAUCUACUUGCCCCCGUGCCUCCCUUCAGACCUGCUGCAGCCGGGCCUCUUUAAAGGUACAUACGGCAGCCACGGCCUGGAGAUCAUUAUGCUGAGCUUCCACGGCUCUCGGGCCAAAGCCACCAAACUUACAGGUGACCCUAAUGUACCAGCGGGUCAGCUGACCUUAGACAUAGACCUGAGUCGGCCAGUGCAGCUGCCUGACUUGGAGCACCAGCAAAAUAUCGAGGAGCUUUCUCGCUUGGUUAUAGGGGUACAUGAAGAGAUUCAAAGAGGUGCCACAGGUACAGUUGCCCCCACAGUGGGUACUUCAGGGGCAGAGGGCUCUGAUGCUGACCCUGGCUCUGGAGCUGAGGAUGCAUGCAGUGCUGGAGCUUCUAGCAGACAGGAUGAACCUCAGCCCUUUGUCCUGCCUUUAGGGGUCAUGGCCCGCAAUGAGGUGUACCCACGAUCAUGCAAGAUAUGUUUCUAUGGAACAGGUCUGAUAGCGGGGCAUGGCUUCACGAGUCCGGAGCGCACCCCUGGCCUGUUCGUCCUUUUUGACGAUGACCGCUUCGGGUUCAUCUGGUUGGAGUUGAAGUCUUUCAGCCUGUACAGUCGCUUGACAGACAAGCUGGAACAUGCCGAGGCCCCCAGCAUGGAGCGUUUUGAGGCCAUGCUUCGCAACAUGCAGUCCUGGACAUCCUGAUAGGCAGCCUUUCCUGCCUUGCUUCUUAUUUCACACAUGCUAAAAAGAAUUGGUAGUUUCAGAGCUGCAGGGCCACAUCUCUAAUUUGCCUGGCUUGACUUGUGCACUAAUAAUCAAUCCACUGUUGAGUUAAGCUAGGUGUGUUACACAAAAGUCCAUAGUGCUGUGGUCUUUCAGCAUUGGAACUGCCCAUUCCUGUGCUAUAUGCUCUAAAAUCUGGAUUACAUUCUCAGCCCCUCACAUCCCCACACAACCUGAAAAACCUCCCAGUAAUCUCAUACAUGCACAAGAAAAACUUGCCACACAGGUAUGUUUGCAGCUGCAAGUUCAUAUAGGUUGUAUUAUACACUGAUGCUUUCUUAUCAGCUUUUUAAUUAAUUUAUUUUUGUAACCUGGAGAUGAUAAAGUUGAGGAUACAUUUCACCCGUAUAUUCCAGAACAAACUGAGUGUGCCUCUGUAUCAUUAUCAUUAUUUAUCCCAAGUCUAGUCUUAGAAAAUUGUAGCUUCGUGUACUGUUGAAGUGAUUUAAGUUAUAAGUGAAGUUAAGUAUGGGUUUUUAGCUGUUUGGUUGGUGUGGUAGUAUAAUGUCUAUUAUUGUCUGAUUUUAUUCUUUUUAAAAGUCUGCACUGCUAUUUCUGUUGCUUUUACUUAAGUCAGCAUUGUCCAUGGUGAUGAUUUUUGAUGAAGUUUUGCAUUGAUUUUAUUUGAAUAAUUUUAACAAAUGACUACCGUAGCCUGUUGUACACAUUUAAGGUAUAUUUAAGGCCAAAUAUCAUAAUUUUCACUUAUUCCUAUUUGUAAUUCAUCAGCCCAAAUGAGCGUAGUGUCUCAGACUGAGUUUUUUUUUUAUUUAAAUUUUGCAUUAGAGCAAAGAGGCUAAUAUAGCUAACAAGUAAUGGGAGCAUAUUUCACCCAAAUUCUUUUAUGAAAUGUCCUCAAGCAAUAAAUAUAUACAGUGCGCUGAAAAAGUAUUUGUCUCUAUCCUGAUUUCUUCUGUUUUUGUGUAUAUCUCAUACUAAAUAGUUUUAGAUCUUCAAACGAAAUACAACAUAAAACAAAGGCAAGCUGAGUAAACACACAAAGUUUUUAUUUAUAAUUUUUUUUAUUGAAGCAAACAAAAGUUAUCCAGAACCUAUCACCAAUGUGAAAAAUUUAUUGCCCCCUUAAACUUAAAAUUUGGUUGUGCCACUUUUAGCAGCAAUAACUGCAACACUUCAGAUAAUCAGAGAUCGGUCUUUCACUUACUUCUAGGACUAGGAUUUACUCCUAUGCUUUGGAUCAUUGUCUUGCUGCAUAAUCCAGUUACGCUUGAAUUUCAAUUUAUGGACUGAAGACCGGACAUUAUUAUGCAAGUUGCCCAGGCCUUGAAGCAGCAAGGCAUCCCCACACUUCCUCCACCAUGCUUGAAUGUAGGUAUGAUUUUCUUUUUGUGGAAUUCUGUGUUCGGUUUUAUACCAGUUGUAAACGGGACCCCUGUCUUCCAAACAGUUCCACUUUCGACUCCUCAAUCCACAGAACAUUCUCCCAAAAGGUUUGAGGAUGAUCGAGGAGUGUUUUGGCAAAAGUCAGAUGAGCCUUAAUGUUCUUCUGGGAUAGCAGUGGUUUUCACCUCACCAGUCAUGGAUGCCAUAUUUGCCUGUAGUUCCUUUGAGAUUGUUCUUGACUCUAUUGUGACUCCUGGAUGAGAAGUUGCUGUGCUCUUGGAGGAAUUUUGGAAGGUUGGCCACUUCUGGGAAGGAUCACUGCUGUGCCGAGGCUCUCACUGUGGUCCUUUGAAACCUUUGAAAUAGCUUUGUAACCCUUCCCAGACUGAUGUAUUUCAAUCACCCUCUUUCUCACCAUUUCUGGACUUUCCUUCAAUUUUGGCGUAGUGUGUUACUGGGUAAGACCUUUUAACCAAUUUCAUGCUGUUGUAAAAGUUGUAAAGUUGUAAAAUUGUUGAUUUGAUUGAACAGGGUUUGCAGUAACCUGGCCUGGUUGCUAGUCCAGCUGAACCACAUUGUGAAGUUUCAUAGAUUUGGAGAAUUAGUAACUACGGGGGCAUUACAUGGGUGAAUACAUUUUCACCCAGGCCCAGUUGGUAUUGGAUAACUUUUUUUGCUUCAGUAAAUAACAAUAUCAUUUUGUAACUGUAUUUUUUGUUUAUUCAGGUUGUCUUUGUUUUAUCUUGGAUUUUGUUUUCAUUUCUGAAACAAUUUAGUAUGAGAGAUACACAAAAACAGAAAUAAUUUUUCACAGCACUAUAUCAGAUCCCAUUCCUAAGUAGACAAGUGUGUACCUAUGAUUCAAGUACACAUGAUUUAAUUUAAUUUAUAAAAACAAAAACACUGUGAUGGUAUGGGGUCAGCAAUCUCGAAAAUUUCUUUGGUGCAUUUUUUUGGUAUCAUUUUUGCCCCAAAAUUGUACUGGAAUGCUGUAGGUUAUGUGGAUGACAUAGUAUAUACAGUAUCUCACAAAAGUGAGUACACCCCUCACAUUUUUGUAAAUAUUUGAUUAUAUCUUUUCAUGUGACAACACUGAAGAAAUGACACUUUGCUACAAUGUAAAGUAGUGAGUGUACAGCUUGUGUAACAGUGUAAAUUUGCUGUCCCCUCAAAAUAACUCAACACAGCCAUUAAUGUCUAAACUGCUGGCAACAAAAGUGAGUACACCCCUAAGUGAAAAUGUCCAAAUUGGGCCCAAAGUGUCAAUAUUUUGUGUGGCCACCGUUUUUUUCCAGCACUGCCUUAACCCUCUUGGGCAUGGAGUUCACCAGAGCUUCACAGGUUGCUACUGGAGUCCUCUUCCACUCCUCCAUGAUGACAUCACGGAGCUGGUGGAUGUUAGAGACUUUGAGCUCCUCCACCUUCCGUUUGAGGAUGCCCCACAGAUGCUCAAUAGGGUUUAGUCCAUCACCUUCACCCUCAGCUUCUUUAGCAAGGCAGUGGUAAUCUUGGAGGUGUGUUUGGGGUCGUAAUCAUGCUGGAAUACUGCAUACUGAUCAUGCUCUGCUUCAGUAUGUCACAGUACAUGUUGGCAUUCAUGGUUCCCUCAGUGAACUGCAGCUCCCCAGUGCCGGCAGCACUCAUGCAGCCCCAGACCAUGACACUCCCACCACCAUGCUUGACUGUAGGCAAGACACACUUGUCUUUGUUCUCCUCACCUGGUUGCCGCCACACACGCUUGACACCAUCUGAACCAAAUAAGUUUAUCUUGGUUUCAUCAGGUUCCAGUAAUCCAUGUCCUUAGUCUGCUUGUCUUCAGCAAACUGUUUGCGGGCUUUCUUGUGCAUCAUCUUUAGAAGAGGCUUCCUUCUGGGACGACAGCCAUGCAGACCAAUUCGAUACAGUGUGUGGUGUAUUGUCUGAGCACUGACAGGCUGACCCCCCCUCCCCUUCAACCUCUGCAGCAAUGCUGGCAGCACUCAUACAUCUAUUUCCCAAAGACAACCACUGUAUAUGACGCUGAGCACGUGAACUCAACUUCUUUGGUCGACCAUGGUGAGGCCUGUUCUGAGUGGAAUCUCUCCUGUUAAACCGCUGUAUGGUCUUGGUCACCCUGCUGCAGCUCAGUGUCAGGGUCUUGGCAAUCUUCUUAUAGCCUAGGCCAUCUUUAUGUACAGCAACAAUUCUUUUUUUCAGAUCCUCACAGAGUUCUUUGCCAUGAGGUGCCAUGUUGAACUUCCAGUGACCAGUAUGAGGGAGUGUGAGAGCGAUGACACCAAAUUUAACACACCUGCUCCCCAUUCACACCUGAGACCUUGUAACACUAACAAGUCACAUGACACCGGGGAGGGAAAAUGGCUAAUUGGGCCCAAUGUGGACAUUUUCACUUAGGGGUGUACUCACUUUUGUUGCCAGCGGUUUAGACAUUAGUGGCUGUGUGUUGAGUUAUUUUGAGGGGACAGCAAAUUUACACUGUUACACAAGCUGUACACUCACUACUUUACAUUGUAGCAAAGUGUCAUUUCUUCAGUGUUGUCAUAUGAAAAGAUAUAAUCAAAUAUUUACAAAAAUGUGAGGGGUGUACUCUUUUUUGUGAGAUACUGUAAGUAAGAUUCUACUUAAACUUAAUAUCAUAAUACAAAGAAUCUUUAUUUAAACAUGAUAUUACAUAGAUUAACAAUGUAAUUUAAGCAAGUAUAUGGAGUUUGGGCAUGUACUGUAUUUCUAGAACAAGAUAGAUUUCCAUGAGUUAUUUAGCUACAUUAGCCUUGUAGUUCCAAUGCAAAGCAGAAAAUAUUGGAUAUUAAACAUAUUUUGGCUGAACUACUUUUUGGUUGAUGGAACUUUGUUUAAAUUUUAUUUCUUCUUUAAAUAUUUAUUUAUUUCAUGGUUAAUAUAUGAAGUUUUUGCUGGUUUCAUAAAACCAACAGCAUUUUAUUACAUCAAACAACUAAAGUAGGUGAUAAACCCACCCUGCACAAGCUUGGGAUCCAUUUUACCUGAAAGCAGCCAACUAGAUUUUAUGCUUUGCCCAGUUCUGUUUUCUAUUUGGCACCUCUGAAGUAUUUAACCUGGGAAAUGUAAUUAGACGUUCUAAGCAGCUAUUGUAUGAAUGUAUAUUGUGAAGAAUGUGCAUGCACUAAUGUACUAAGGCAUUUCUCUAAUGUGGGUGAAUUCGCUCAAUUGGCAAAUUGAGGGUAUUUCCAUUGUUUUAUUGCUUUGUAUCUCAGGUGCCACACCUAAGUAUGUAUUCCCUUGAAAAAUAUGCUUAAAAUACAUAAAAAUGUCAUACUAAUUUAAAUCAUAUAUUCCAAGUAAUUAAUGUUCUAAUUGUACUCUUCUCAAAUUAGCUUUUGUCCAUCAGGAAAAAAAAAAUGUAUUGUUGAAAUUGUAUAAUGGUAAAUGUGCAUUGGCUGACUGGCAGCUUGGGCCUGCCUUAGCUUCCAUUGAUCAAAACUCAGCCCUUGUCCUGCCUUCAGCAGAUUCACUGGAAAGAUCCAGAGACUGAUGGUGCUCUUAGUGACCGGUGCCACUUUUCCACAUCUAGUCAAAAGAUUUGUUGGCCAUCUUCAAUAACAUCUAUAUUGGCAUGCUUUCCCAACAUUAUAUAUUGGAGCAUGGAAGAUGAGUUAUUUUAAUCUCCAAGUUGAAAGACCAACAGAUAUUAUAAAUGCUUCCUUGUGUUUUGAUAAGGCUCGAUCAGAAAGCUGUGCAGCAACUCCCCUCAAAGUGCUCUUUCCUAGACAGCAUAGGCAUUGACCACAGACUAGACAUCUGUGUGUACUUUUGUAUUCAAUUGCAGCUUUGCAAAAACUAACCAUUAUAAUGUAAAAGAAAUAUGUGAAGUGGAUGAAAGUGUUUAAUUAAUAUAUUUCAGCUUUGUUUAUGGGUCAUUGUGCACAUAAUUGCACAUGUUAAACAUACUGCCUGUUUGUUGUGUGACCUCUACAACUAUUUCAAGUCGAGUAUAUUCAUCAAAUUGAUUUCUGAAAAACAAAUGUCUAAUGUAAACACCAUCACAUGACUUCAGGGAGCUUUGAAGCUUACGUGUUCAUCUCUUCCCAAUAAAUUAGCGUAAAAUGUAAUCCAGUCUGUCUCUGCAUUACUGUUUCAGGUUAAGAGAAUGUUUAUUAUUUUAGACAAUCUUUCAGUUCACAGUUUCAUCAGUUUCACAAACCUAUGAUGCCAUGGCCAUGUAACUAAACCUUCUGAAUAAUGGCCCAAAUGAGCUCUUUGAUCUGUAGCUAAUGAAGACAAUCCCUCCCCACCAAAUGAUACAUGUUUACAUUUGGAGCCUGUAAUUUCCAGACAAAUAACACUCAAAAUACACAAUUGUCUUUUUUUUAAUAAAACAGUAAAAUUUCUAGG